GAGCAACUUGUUGCCGCCCACACGCAACAACAACGAAGUUGGAAGUUGGCGAUCGACGUCGACGAUCGUUUUUUUUUUCUUCAACGUCGGCAUCGGCGGCAAACUGGCAGCGGAAUUAAAUAAUUUUCCGUAAGCGCGUUUAGUCAAGCUCAGUUCAAUUGCGGCCAGCUUUGUUGGCGGACGUUUCAGGCAGCACUCUAUACACUGUAACCAAAGGCCAAGUAGUAACGAAAACUGAAGCAAACUACCGAAACAUUCUUAUUUUUUAACUGUGCGAACUGUGCGAGCGGGAGGCAACACCCAAAGACAACACUCGAAGUGAAGAGUAAAACUCGAAAAGAAAAUAUACAUAUAAAAAGACGUGUGCAGUAAACAGUUGCAGUGACCGAAAAACCUUAAAAUCAAAAAAAAAUAAUAAUAACAAAGAAACACUAACGAAGAAGAACCAGCAGCAGCAGCAGCAGCAGCAGCAACUUGUUUAGCGGGACGACAAAAAUGCCCGAGUGAUCAAGCCAACACAGCGAUCGCCAGUGGGACAAGUGACAGGAAACGGAGGAGCCAGCCGUAAUGAGGGUGCACCUGAAUGGUCGCGAGGUCCGGGAGCUGUUGCGAAAGGAUUUGCUGGUGCGAUGGCGACAGAAAGGGCUGAGUCUGAUCCUGUUGGCCUGGCCAGUGAUGGUCUUUAUGCUGCUCUAUCUGAUCCGUCUGAAGUACGGAUCGGAGGAGUUGGAGGCCUGCCAGUAUCCCACUCGCCUGCUGCCCACCAAGAACCAAGUGGUUCCCGCUGCCUUCUCCUACAUAUGCAGUAUUGAGAACCGCUGCCAGCCGGCGCAUCCUUACGAGGAGUAUUCCCAUUGGAAGGAGGCGCCACUGCACUCCGUGAUCGAUGUGGUCAACGCAUUCGUAACCGACGAACGGCUCCACAAGGCCGUCGUGGAGCUGGCCGAAAAGGCCAACUUUGUGUCGGCCAUAACUACAUUGAUCACCAGUGAUCGGUUCGACAUCAUACGAAGUAACAUAAGUGAAAUAAUUUCCCUCGUGCCCGAAAUCGAACGACGAAUGAACUACAGCUUCGACAUCAAACAUUUGUUUUCGAAUCGCGAAACCUUCGUGAAGUUGGGCGUUCUUUUGUGUGGUCAUCCGUUUCCCAAUACCGAUACUAUACCGUUGGUCAAUGAAAUCCUGGAAUCCGAGGACUUUAGCCAGGCCAACGAUGCAGAGAUCGAUGCAAUGCCCACCCGUCGUCGUCGUCGAUACGAAGAUCUUCCCACGGACUGGAGGCCAACUAAAUACUGCAAACGCCUCUACCGGGAUGUGACUUCUACGAACCAAGGCAAACUCACCUGGAACACCAUCAAGCCGAUUAUCCAGGGACGGAUCUUGUAUACCCCUGCCAAUGCUAUGACAGAAAGCGUGGUGAAGUUUAGUAAUGCCUCUUUUGAGGAACUGGAUAGGCUGAAGCAACUAAGUCGUGCAGCAGCCACUAUUCUCACCAAGCUGCACACAAACGCUACUUUCCAGGAGGCCUUCGAUAAUCUUCUCAAGUUGGCCAAGUCGCCACUGGUCAAGAGUUUGGUCGGAGAUGACUUCGAUAUUGGGGAAAUUGAAAGGGUCUUCGAAUAUAUUCGCACCAACCAACUGAUAUAUGAUAUUCUUACCACCGUGGCGGAUUUAAUGGAUUGCGUUUCGGCCGAUCGUUUUGAGGCUGUGGAAAGUGUGGAGGAACUGCACAAGAGAGCCUACGAACUAAAUCAAAACAAGUUGUUUUUGGCCGCCCUCAAUCUGGAGGACGUAGGUCUCAAGCAAGCGUCCUACCGUCUGCAUAUGGAUACGGAUAACACGCAGCCGACUUUUGAGAACCGGAACAGAUUCUGGUUCCCCGGACCCGCCGACAGCAUGGUUAUUGAUCUGAAGUAUCAUCGUGGCUUCGUUCAGCUCAAACAGAUGGUCGACCUGGGAAUUAUCAAAAGCAAGCGAGAAGAGGCUGGCUUUGCGCCAGAGGAGGAUGGGCCUGAAAGUGGGCGUUCCUUAAGUGGUCUUUUUAGUAUCAAGCAGGUGGAGAACGAUACGCCCGAUGAGGAUGAUGAUGACUUUGAUCUCAGUCUGGAGGAAAGCGGUGACGAGAAGGCCGCUCCAAAGGUAUCAGCAUCUGCGAGUGAUCAUGAGGCAACAACCAUUUCUCCAUCAUCCUUGGAUGGGGUAACCACUGAAGAAGUUAGGGUCACUACAGAACAGACAGUCGUAAGUGGUGACCCCGAUCUUCUCCUGCUUAAAAAUGAAGAUGUGCUGAAGCGCUCGAAACGGCAGGGUCUGUUCGAUUUGCUUGGAGGCUUCGGUGGAUCUGGGGAUGCCAAUAAAAAGAACAAAUUCGAAGUGGACAACAUGCAGUUCUACACCAAGCAAUUUCCUUAUCCCGCCUUCCUUAACGAUGUCUUUAAGCGUGGCUUGUACUUGGCCCAAGGUGUCCAGGUGGCUUAUCUACUCGGCCUGGUGGUAUUCGUCGCUCUUUCUGUAAGGGAACGCAUCUGGAUGCGAGAGAGCCGUAAUAGCAUGUUGAUGCGAUCAAUGGGUCUAAAGGCGCAUUCCGAGCUGGUAGCCUGGGCGCUGAUGAGUUUUUUGGAGCUUUGUGUAAUCUUUGCGCUGAUCAGCGGGGUCCUGUACAGUGGCGGUAUUUUGGGCUAUACCAACUGGUUUUUUAUGAUGUUCUACUGCCUGAGCUUUGGCCUUUGCCUAAUUUCGUUCUGUUAUAUGUGCACCAACUUUUUUAAUUCGGCAAACAUUGGUGCUGUGGCCUCCGCCCUUCUAUUCUUCAUUAGCCUUUGUCCCUUUAUCAUUGUGCUGAUGUUCGAUGCCAAAUUGAGCGUUUUCGAGAGCUUCCUGGUGGACCUCUCCUUCACCACGGCCUUUGCCAAGGGCUGGGGCGAGUUGAUUCGAAUGGAGCUGCAGCAGGAGGGACUGACAGUACGUCAUCUCAUCCAGGUGGGUCCUGCGAGAAGUGAGUGUGCCAUGGCGCUGCUCAUGUUCCUUCUCGAUUUACUGCUGUAUGCGGUUAUUGGACUGGCCUACCAGCGCUAUAAGAAAACAGAUAACUACAGCUUUGUGAAGGUCAGUCGCUCACAAUUGGACGGCAAACUGGGCGCCUCGUUGGUUAAUGUUAGCAAACUGUAUGGCAGCAAGUGCGCUGUUUCAAACUUAAGCCUCGACUUUGCGCGCAACCAGGUGAGCUGUCUUCUGGGUCGAAAUGGAGCUGGAAAGAGCACGCUGAUCAAGUUGCUCACCGGACAAAUCCGGCAGAGCAGUGGCAAGGUCCUGUUGGCCGGAGAGCACCAAGUGGGUGUCUGUUGGCAGGAUAAUAUUCUAAUACCCACGCUGACGGCUCGGGAGCACCUGCAGCUGUAUGCACAGAUCAAGAUACCACCAGGUGGGAGUGGAGGUGUGGAGGAGAUCCGCUCGGAGGUUGCCCAAACCCUCCAGAGUCUAAACUUUGGUAAGCACGAAUCCUAUCCUUCGUGGCAGCUGUCCGGGGGCUACAGACGACGCCUCUGCGUGGCCAUAGCCUUCAUUGCUUCGCCCAGUGUGGUCAUCUUGGAUGAGCCCUGCAAUGGGGUGGACGCCAAGGCGAGAAAGGACAUUUGGCAGUUGAUUGAGCGACUGCGUCAAGGGAGAGCAGUCAUCUUUGCCACCCAUUUCAUGGAUGAGGCCAAGUACCUCAGUGAUUCACUUGUGAUAAUGCGGAAUGGUCGCAUUAUUGCCCAGCAUAGUCGAGACUCCCUGCAGCGUUUGUGUACCUCAAACUAUAGCAUUCGAUUACGUUGUGCCGAUGCCACCGGAGUAACCUUCGUCAUCCAGAAGGCACAGCAGCUUCUCCCUCAGACUCAGGUAACCCAUUCGGGAGCCGCAGACUACCCUCACAGCCUGACCAUCAAUGCCAGCUAUGCGGAGCAUUUAACACCAGGAGCCGUCGAAUUUCUGGAACUGCUGCAAUCCCAAGUGACAGCUGGCAGCAUCAGCGAUGUGGAGCUCACAACCAGCUCAAGCCUGGAACAGGAGUUCGAGCAGUUGAAUAGGAAUGGCGAGGAUGCGGGACCUCGACGUCCUGCCAGCGAUCGGAGUGGAGUAGUCGCUGGCCCUGCAAUGAUAACAGACGAACCACCAACCGCUUGCAAGCAAUUCCGACUGCUCAUGGGCAAGCGAUUGAGGCAUCUGUCCCGGAACUACCGCCUCCUUCUCUAUGUCCUCCUGCUCCCAGCUCUUUUUGAACUGUGUGCCAUGUGGUUCGUCAGCUAUCGUCUGGAAGAUGAUUUCGACACUGUUCUACCCCUGAGCCGAUCGCUCUAUCCCCAAACCGCUCAGUUUUUGUCACACGAGAGGGCAACCAGCUUCUCCGAGAAACUGUAUCCACAGCUAAGAACCUCAUGUGACCAUCUGGGCGAGUGCAGAGUAUUUAAUACUUCUCAACAGUCCUACGAUUGGGUCCUGAACUCUUGGGGCGAGUAUAGCGAGCGCCGAUACGGCGGCUAUGGAUUAAACGGGUCAGGUGCUACAGUUUGGUAUAACAAUAAGGGAUAUCAUUCCAUGAUGGCCUGGCUAAACGACCUUAACUCGGAGCUACUGCGCACGACUAUGAACGACUCAGAGUCUAGUAUCCUUACCCUGAAUGAACCGUGGAAACUGGGUUUUGCCGAACUUAGUACCAGCUCGAUCCUUCGGCAGGCAGGUGACGGGUCUAUGGUCUUCAUCCUACUGAUAGCUUUUGGCUUGGUGGUGGCAUCAGGUUCCGUUUAUUUGGUAAACGAGCGUGUCAAUGGCGAGAAGCUGCAGCAGAGAUUGUGCGGAGUAAGCGCGGUUACCUACUGGCUGGUGGCCCUCGUCUGGGAUUAUCUGGUGAUGGUCCUGGGUCUGAUUGUCUGCCUCGUUGUAAUCCUGAUGUUCGGAAUGCCUGUCUUUGUGGACCGCCAGCAGCUGGUGGGCAUUAUUGGACUGUCCCUGGCCUUUAGCUUCGCCUGUGUUCCAUCUGUUCAUGUGGCUGAGAAGAUCUUCAGCGAUUCAAGCAUUGCCAUUGUAUCGAUUUUUUGCGCCAACCUCAUUGUCCCGCUGGUCACUAUGGGCAUCAUCCUGAUCCUGGGUGUGGUGGGCGAUGGGCCAGCCUGGGAUGAUUGGCGCCACGCCCUCAACCAGGCCUUUCUGAUCUUUCCAAUUCAUGCUUUGGGAGACGGCUUCCUGGAGUUGUGCAAGAACUAUAUGGUGGCCUUGGUAUUCCGCCGCUACGACAUCGACUCUUAUAAGCAUCCCUUGGCCAGUGACCUGCUUGGGCGCCACUUUACCGCCCUGUUGUUGGUGGGCGUGGCCGCCCUGAUCAUCAACGUCCUCAUCGAGUGGCAUUUGCUGCGGCGUCUGUGGCAACGAGUGGAGCGAUUGUUGGACUGCACCUACCGCCGCGAGCUGGAUAAACUGGGUCAGCUGAAGCUGGUAAACAUCCAGAGCAUCUUCAAGAGCUGCGUGGACACCGGCGAAGCGGUGCGGGCGGAGAAUCUCUGGCUGGCUUACCGCCGCGGACACUAUGCGGUGCGUAAUGUUAACUUCAGUGUCCAGCGGGGCGAAUGUUUCGGGUUGCUGGGCAAGAAUGGAGCAGGGAAGUCCACAAUCUUCAAGCUGCUCACUGGGCAAUUGCAGCCCGACGUGGGACAAAUUUACUUCGAACAACCCGGCAUCUCAUACUGCCCGCAGAGCAACCCGCUGGACCCGCUGCUCACGACGACCGAGUGCAUCCGCUUCUACGGACGCCUGCGCGGCAUUCGUGACUUGGAUCAGUUUUUGGACCGUGUGCUGGACACGUACGAACUGCGUCCCUACAAGGAUGUCCAGGUGCGAAACCUGAGUGGCGGCAAUAGGCGCAAGCUAACAGUGGCCGUGACCUGUUGCGGAUGUACGCCCACCGUCUUGAUGGACGAACCAACGAGCGACAUGGAUCCCGUGACCAGGGACAUGGUGUAUGCCACUAUCGAACAGCUGCUGCUGGCCCGCAGAGCGGUGGUGCUGACCUCUCAUUCCGUUUCGGAGAUCGAGCAUCUGUGCCAAAGGGUGGCGGUGCUUCGGGCGGGCCAGGUCAUCGCCAGCGAUAGUCCGCAGCGAUUGAAAUCGGAACAUGGUGGUUACUACGCCGUGACCUGCUUCUGCGGCCCCGCCCAACAGGCCAUUCUUUCAAGAAGCUUGAAUCAACGAUUGCCGGGAGCGCGGGACUUGCAGCACUAUGCCCACAGCUUGCGGUUUCUCGUCAGGGUCCGUUCGCCUGGCAGCCUGGGCGAUGCCCCCCUUCUCUCCGAACUCUUCGCCAUCCUUUGCGAUGUCUGCGUGAAUGUGGCUCGCUUUUCGUUGAGUCGCUGCCGUUUCGAGACCGUUUUCGAACGAAUCCUUGACAGCAGCGAGUCGAAUGGCAGCAAUGGCGUGCACAAGGAUCAGCAGCAACAAGUUGCUAAGAACGAUCUACCAAGCAAAUCCCCUGCUGUCGGUGGCACUCUUGAAACCGGCUAUAUUCAUUGUGGCUACGAGGAGACAAGAACUUAAACGACUCAGGCAUCCUCCGAUUUUGAAACCAAAAACGACUAUAUUCAAAUUCUAUUUUUUAAUCGAAUAAUGGUUAUUAUUCGAGACUUAUUAGUGUGUUCAAAAUUAAACUUUCAAAACUUGCAUCAAAACUAAAUUAUAGUAAUUAUGAAAUUAAAAUGACCAUUUAGAAAGCGUAGAAAAUCAAAUUAUUUUGUUCUGCUGUUAUAUUCAACUAGACAAUCUAUUUUUUUUUUUUGUAAACUGAUUUCGGUGUACUACUAGUUAUCAUUUAAGCACAUAUUGGACAUAACUUGAAAUAAUAAGGCAGACAAAAUGUGUUAGAAAAUUUAAGGCAAAGGAUUUCCCAGAAAAAUUGGAUUUCUAAUAAGCCUUAAAUAUGCUGCGUUAAUAUUAAAAAAUGCUAGCUUUAUAAUGAAGUUUUAAACAUACUAUUAUCGUGGGUGGAUUAAAUUAGUUUAUAAGCCAUGAAACGUUUGUUUAUAGCCGACAUAUGCAUAUAAAUAAGUACCCUAAUGCAAUUUUUUUUUUUUGAAUAGUUAGACCAGUUUUAUGUGAUAAGAUGUGAUAAGUUGGGGCCGACGUGGCAAUAAUUUACUUAAUUUUGGGUGUUCUGUAUAGACAUUAAGAGUCCCUCCCUUGCCCCAAAACAUUAUUUCCAUAGAGCUUUAAUAAAUAUGUACUGUGUGCGUGAAAUGUAAGACCAAUCUAUCGAUAAAAAAAAAUAGGUAUAUGUAUAUGUCAUGGUGGAAUCCUAAUGGGAUCUGUCUGAAGUUUUGUAUUGCAAUUUUAAAACUAAUAAAGAGAAAGAUGUAUAUAUGAAU